CACUGCAGCUCCUCCUAUUACUUUUGCCUAUCUUCAUCCCCAUUUUCUUGCCUUGUUUCUCCAAAGAAAACAGCAGAAGAGAGUAGUGAUCAUCAUCGGCAGGGGCGAUGUCUACUGGCCGAGCAAAAGAUUCAGCAGAAGGAUCGUCGAGAUCCGCUGGUGAACAGCAGCAAUCGGCUCCACUGAGCCGGUACGAGUCACAGAAACGAAGAGAUUGGAACACCUUCGGGCAGUACUUGAAGAACCAGAGGCCCCCCGUUUCACUUUCACAGUGCAGCUGCAGCCAUGUACUGGAGUUCCUGCGCUACCUAGAUCAGUUCGGAAAGACGAAGGUUCACUUACAAGGGUGCAUCUUCUUUGGGCAGCCGGAGCCGCCUGCGCCUUGCACAUGCCCUCUUAGGCAAGCUUGGGGAAGCCUCGAUGCACUCAUUGGCCGCCUCCGAGCUGCUUACGAAGAGAACGGUGGCUCUCCGGAGACCAACCCUUUUGGCAGCGGUGCAAUCCGUGUUUAUUUGCGUGAGGUGAGAGAGUGCCAAGCUAAGGCAAGGGGAAUCCCAUACAAGAAGAAGAAGAAGAAGAGAAACCAAAUCAAGACCCACGACGAUCCCAAGCCGACGACGACUAUGCACUCCUCUUGAUUCCUUUGCCUUCUUCUCAGAAUGGAUCAUGUCACAAGCUAAUUAUCGAACGGGAAGGAAAGCAAACGAUAUAUCUUGAAAUCUUGUAGUAUUAUUUCAAUUACUGCUUUUAUCUUUCAAGUGUUUAGAAUCAAGAGCUAGUUACUAUAGUACCUAGCUAUUACAAUAUUCGUGUAGUAGCUUUCCCAUUGUUAUUACCUUUUUGCCCUAUGUAAGCUCUUUUUACAUCCCGACAGCUAUAAUUAAUAACAGUGAUUUCAUGCUAAAUGCAUCACUUGCUUUGUGCAAAA